AAAAUGAAGAAAAAUAAGGCACUGUUUGGCUGCCACAGAAAUAAUCCAUUUUGCAGCGAAACUCAAAAGAAGGAAACUGAAAUGGGAGACCUUUACGCUUUGGACUUCGAUGGAGUCAUCUGUGAUAGCUGCGGAGAAAGCUCUCUCUCUGCACUCAAGGCUGCUAAAGUGAGAUGGCCUGGUUUGUUUGAUGGUGUGGAUUCAACCACUGAAGAUUGGAUUGUUGACCAAAUGCAUAUAGUGCGACCAGUAGUGGAAACUGGAUAUGAAAACCUUUUACUUGUGAGAUUGUUGCUAGAGACCAGAACACCUUCUAUCAGGAAGUCUUCGGUUGCAGAGGGGCUUGCAGUUGAAGGUAUAUUGCAAAAUUGGUCCAAGUUGAAGCCUGUUAUUAUGGAAGAAUGGGGGGAGGAUAGGGAAGCUUUGAUAGAUCUUUUUGGAAAGGUCAGAGAUGAAUGGUUGGAGCAGGAUUUUGCUACUUGGAUUGGUGCAAACAGAAUAUAUCCUGGUGUUUCUGAUGCAUUAAAAUUUGCAAGCUCAAGGGUGUACAUUGUCACCACAAAACAGAGCCGCUUUGCCGAUGCCUUACUUCGAGAGCUUGCUGGAGUAACCAUACCAUCCGAAAGGAUAUACGGUCUCGGGACUGGUCCUAAGGUAGAAAUUCUGAAGCAGCUUCAAAAGAGACCAGAGCACCAAGGGCUGACACUGCACUUUGUUGAGGAUCGGUUAGCUACGUUAAAAAAUGUGAUCAAAGAGCCCGAGUUAGACAAUUGGAAUUUGUAUCUAGGGAAUUGGGGUUACAACACUGCACAAGAGAAAGAGGAAGCUGCGGCUAUUGCCAGAAUUCGCGUUCUUCAACUCGCAGACUUCAGCAAGAAGUUGAAAUAGGGGUCUUUGUUGAUUUGUCAUUUGACAAUCAAUGAACACAAUAUUUUCUUCCAACUCCUUUAUAAACAAUAAAAAGUUAUAAUAUACACGCUCUUUCUACUUAGAAACUUCCUCCUUUUUUCGUUAAACUGCUGUAAUUUGAACUCUCGAUUAAAUGAAGUGACCUUGUUUUAUCCUCAAGUUUGGCCUUGUUACAUGCAGUGUACUGUUCUAUGCAGAUACAAAAUGCUUGCUGUUUGUAUUGAAAUAACUUGAAUGUAACUUAAUACAAAUAUCCUCACUUGGUUCAUAUCAAA